AUGUCUGACCGUAUUGUAGAAAGCAAUGGCCUCAUGACUGCAAAUAUUCCACCACCUUAUAAAAAUGACACCAAAUACUAUCUAAGACUCUAUUACGAAAAUACAAUGACCAGUACAACUGAACAGCGCAUGGUAGCUCUAUUUGCAAUAGAGACCUGGACAGGAUUCCUUAAGCGACUGAGAGCCAAGCUGGACAUGAAGAAUAUUUAUGGGAUCAAGUACCUAGAUGUCAAUGGCAACUUUGUCAUAGUCAAAGACCAAGAAGAUAUCGAUAUCGCCAUUUUAGUACAUGGUGAAAGUGCAAAGGAUCCCUGUAUUGGAUUAGAUGCCUGGAUCCUCCUAGAUUAA